UGCGGCCAUGGACCGCGGAGCUGCCGCGGCCCAGGGCACUGCCCCGCCUCAGGAUGGAGAGCAGCCCGCUGAGUCUCCAGAGCCUCCGCCGCCUUGGCCGCCGCCGCCACCACCACCGGCUCCGCCGCCGGCUCCGCCGCUGCUCUCCGAGGCUUCGCCAGAACCCAUACCAGAGCCCUGUCCAGAGCUUGCUCCAGGACCCUGUCCAGAGGCGACCUCAGAACCAGCCACAGAACUGUACACAGAACCGACCCCAGAACCAGCCACAGAGCCGGCCUCAGAACCGGCCCCAGAACCUGCCACAGAGCCGGCCCCAGAACCUGCCACAGAGCCGGCCCCAGAACCGGCCCCAGAACCUGCCCUAGAGUCGGCCCCAGAGCCGGCCCCAGAGCUGACUCCAGAAGUUGCCCCAGAGCCGGCCCCAGAGCCGACCCCAGAACCUGUGACAGAGCUGGCCCCAGAGUUCUGCCCUGAGGCGGCUCCAGAGUCCCGUCCAAGUCCAGCACCAUGUCUAUUGCAAUGUCCGGUGGACACUCGAGAGAGAGGUCUAAAGACCUCGCCAUCGCCAUCGCCAUCACCCAGAACGCCAAUGUCGUGGUCCAGAAUAAAGAAAAUAUUGAAGGAAGGACCUAUGCUGAAGAACUGUAACUCCUUCAAGAGAUGGAAGCUUAGAUAUUUUCUGGUUCAAGGACAGAAGCUCUACUUUGCACACCAUCCCGCGUUUGCACACUUUGAAACGAUUGAUCUGUCUCAAGCCACUGUGGCAGAAAGCAGCUGCAGAAACCUUUGCCACAGUUUUUGUGUUAUCACACCACAACGAAAAAUCACUCUGGCUGCACCCAACCGGAAAGACAUGGAAGAAUGGAUUAACAUCAUAAAAACCGUCCAACAGGGAGAAAUUUAUAAGAUACCUGCAGCAGAAAACAACCCUUUUCUUGUUGGAAUGCACUGUUGGUACUCCAGCUACAGCCACCGGACCCAGCACUGCAAUGUUUGUCGAGAGAGCAUUCCUGCCUUAUCUAGAGAUGCCAUCAUCUGUGAAGUGUGCAAAGUGAAAUCUCACAGAUUAUGUGCUUUGAGAGCAAGCAAAGACUGCAAGUGGAAUACAUUGUCUGUCACUGAUGACCUCCUCCUGCCUGCAGAUGAAGUAAACAUGCCCCAUCAAUGGGUAGAAGGAAACAUGCCUGUCAGCUCUCAGUGUGCAGUAUGUCAUGAGAGCUGUGGCAGUUAUCAAAGACUUCAAGACUUCCGCUGCCUGUGGUGUAAUUCUACGGUGCAUGAUGACUGUAGGAGACGGUUUUCCAAGGAAUGUUGCUUCGGAAGCCAUCGCUCAUCAGUCAUUCCUCCCACUGCUCUAAGCGACCCCAAAGGCGAUGGCCAAUUAGUAGUAUCUUCGGACUUCUGGAAUCUUGAUUGGUCAUCAGCCUGUUCAUGUCCCUUGCUCAUCUUCAUCAACUCCAAAAGUGGCGAUCAUCAGGGGAUCGUCUUCCUCCGAAAAUUCAAGCAAUACCUUAACCCAUCUCAAGUGUUCGACCUGUUGAAGGGUGGACCUGAAGCAGGGCUGUCUAUGUUCAAGAACUUUGCUCGCUUUCGCAUUCUGGUUUGUGGUGGAGAUGGCAGCGUGAGCUGGGUCUUAUCUCUGAUUGAUGCCUUUGGAUUACAUGAAAAGUGUCAGCUGGCAGUCAUCCCACUUGGAACCGGCAAUGAUCUGGCUCGUGUCCUAGGCUGGGGUGCAUUCUGGAACAAAAGCAAGUCACCUCUGGACAUCCUCAACAGAGUGGAGCAGGCUAGUGUGAGGACCCUAGACAGAUGGAGUGUGAUGAUUCGUGAGACUCCCAGACAAACCCCGCUGCUAAAAGGACAGGUUGAAAUGGAUGUACCACGAUUUGAGGCUGCUGCCAUCCGACACUUAGAAUCUGCAGCCACCGAGUUGAACAAAAUCCUGAAGGCCAAGUACCCCACAGAGAUGAUCAUCGCAACCAGAUUCUUGUGUUCAGCCGUGGAAGAUUUUGUGGUUGAUAUUGUAAAGGCCUGGGGUCAGAUAAAACAGAACAAUACAGCAAUAGUGUCUGUGAUUCUGAAAAGUGACUUAAUGUAUGAUAAGCUCAGUGUCCUGAUCGAUGUCCUGGCUGAGGAGGCAGCAGCUACUUCUGCUGAGAAAAGUGCUACAGAAUAUGCAGACAGCAGCAAGGCAGAUAGGAAGCCCUUCGUUCCUCAAAUAGACCACAUAGCCAAGUGCAAGUUGGAGCUGGCUACAAAGGCCCAGAAUCUCCAGAAAUCCUUGAAACUCAUCAUAUUCCAAGUUGAACAAGUUCUGGAUGAGGAAAGCAGACAGACAAUAUCUGUUAAGAACUUUAGUUCAACUUUCUUCCUGGAAGAUGACCCAGAAGAUAUUAACCAGACAAGCCCACGACGCCGUUCUCGUCGUGGCACUUUGUCUUCUAUAUCUUCUCUCAAAAGUGAGGACCUAGACAAUCUUAACUUGGAUCACUUACAUUUUACACCUGAAUCUAUACGCUUCAAAGAAAAAUGUGUCAUGAACAACUACUUCGGAAUUGGACUGGAUGCUAAAAUUUCUCUGGACUUCAACACCAGAAGAGAUGAACACCCAGGGCAAUACAAUAGCCGCCUUAAGAACAAGAUGUGGUAUGGCCUUCUGGGAACCAGGGAACUUUUGCAGCGCUCUUACAGGAAACUGGAAGAACGAGUGCAUUUGGAGUGUGAUGGAGAAACCAUCUCCUUGCCAAACCUGCAAGGCAUUGUAGUGCUCAACAUUACCAGCUAUGCCGGAGGUAUCAACUUCUGGGGAAGCAACACAGCAACCACGGAAUAUGAGGCUCCUGCAAUCGAUGAUGGGAAAUUGGAGGUGGUGGCAAUCUUUGGUUCUGUGCAGAUGGCAAUGUCCCGUAUCAUCAACCUGCAUCAUCAUCGCAUUGCCCAGUGCCAUGAGGUGAUGAUAACCAUUGAUGGUGAAGAAGGUAUUCCAGUGCAGGUGGAUGGGGAGGCCUGGAUUCAGAGACCAGGCCUUAUCAAGAUUAGAUACAAGAACGCUGCUCAGAUGCUGACAAGAGAUCGGGACUUUGAGAACUCAAUGAAAAUGUGGGAAUACAAGCAUACUGAAAUUCAAGCUGCCCCUCAACCCCAGCUGGACUCCCAGGACUCUCAAGAGAGCCUCUCUGAUGAGGAGUAUGCCCAGAUGCAGCACUUAGCUCGGCUUGCAGAAAACCUCAUCAGCAAACUUAAUGACCUGAGCAAGAUCCACCAGCAUGUGUCUGUCCUCAUGGAUUCUGUGAAUGCCAGCGCUAACAUCCUGAAUGAUAUAUUUUACGGCCAAGACAGUGGCAAUGAGAUGGGUGCAGCUUCCUGUAUUCCCAUUGAAACUCUAAGCAGAAAUGAUGCUGUAGAUGUUACAUUUAGUCUUAAAGGGCUCUACGAUGACACCACAGCUUUCCUGGAUGAAAAGCUGCUGAGAAGUGCUGAGGAUGAGACCUCACUACAAAGCACCCUGGAAGCUAUGAAUAAGGAGUUCAAAAAGCUAUCUGAGAUUGACUGGAUGAAUCUGAUCUUUGUUCCAGAGGAAAAAUCUUCGGCCACUGACAGUAGAAGCCUCAGGCUGAAAAUUAAGUUCCCCAAAUUGGGAAAGAAAAAGCUAGAAGAGGAACUCAAGCCUAAAUCAGGCCAGAGUGUCCAGAGUUUUAUUGGUAAUUUAUGGCACCGCAGACAUCGUGAAGAUAAAGCAGAGGGUGAUGAUCCUCUAACACCAUCAAGAUCUCAACUGUAG